GUGGUUCGCAGCGCUGGGUGAGGUUUCCGAGGGUGAUAUUCUUCCAAGGAUGAUGGAAUGUAAAGGUGCACGCGGUCCCGAAGGACUUGACACAAGCAAACGCCCCAUCAUCAACCAGACAGGAUAUUCGUCACCAAAGAUUGACGCAAGGCGACCGUAGCUUUCCAUAUCGAAUACCCCAGAACAUCUUUCCAAUCCAAUAACCCCGAGACCCCAGGCGCAGCGAACAUAGAACGUCUGAACCGAUGUGCGAAAAAGAAUCAUGUUUCGGAGGAAGAGUCGCUCAUACCUUCUGGAUGUUGUAGUCGCUCAGGGUGCGGCCAUCCUCGAGCUGCUUACCAGCGAAGAUGAGACGCUGCUGAUCCGGGGGGAUACCCUCCUUAUCCUGGAUCUUGGUCUUGACGUUGUCGAUGGUGUCGCUCGACUCGACGUCGAGGGUAAUGGUCUUACCCGUGAGGGUCUUGACGAAACUAUGGAAUUCGAAAAGAACCACUGGUCAGCGAAUUGUUCUCUUCCCCUCCUGGAAUUCCCUCCACCAUGUCAUUUUCCAAAGGUGUUCCCGGUUUCUUCUCCUUUUUCGAGAUCGAAUGGCGUUGUAUGGCAUUGGGAAGUAUUCGUGACGGGUUUAAGACUUUUGCUCUGGGGAAGACCUACAUCUGCACUGUACGAGCGCGGAAAAAACGGCAUGUUAGUUUUGCGAUUUCCCAGACUUGAAUAUAUCCCUCUUCAUCAUGGUAGUGCUAUACGUACUGGCUGCGGUCUUCGUUGUUGCUGGCUGACGAUCUCGCUGAAUGGGUCGGUCGGAAGAGGCGAUGUCAAUUUCACCAUUUCUCGCUUAGCAAGAGGUGGACGGGCUCCGCACGUGAUCAGGGUUUAGGGCAGUCCGUUCCGCUCGGGGCGCCCCUCCGCAUGUCUCCAUAGUCCAUAGUCUGCCAUACAAUACGGUACCGAUCCAUCAUCCAUACAUCAUCGAACGGAGCUCUCUGGUUUCUUUAUUUGGCACACGCGUAGUUGCACCAGGCUUUCAGAUUAUCAAG